AUGUCUGCUGAAGGCACAGCUACUCCCACAGAUUCCCGUUCGGGGACUAUGGCGCCUGAAUCAGUCAUUCCUUCGUCGCCACUUACGGACCCGUCGGAGGCUGAAGACUCGAAGUCAUCUCACGACAAGGAUGAUGGAACCCAGGCAGAGCUGGCCGAUUCAGAAGAUGUCGAGGGGAUGGACAGCAAGGCCAAGGCCUUGAUGCACUUGUUGAAGACCAGCUCAGUCUUUGUCGCUAUCAUGUCAGAUAAAAUGAAAAAACAACAAGAAGACGCACGCUUGGCGGCGAUCAAGCACCACGAACAAACUGUUGCGAGUCAAAAGAAAACAAAGAGUCCCCCUGAACCUGCUCGCAGAACCACUCGAACUCGGCAAAACCAAGAUGCGACAAAGGAUAAGGAGAACAAGACAACCGGCGGGCAAGACGUCAAUGAAAAGCCCCAAGCAGCGACCAGAGGUCGGCCUAGGCGGGCAGCCGCCGCCAAUGGCAACUCUAUUUCCAGUUACUUUAAAAAAGCUGAUGUCGAAGUAACCGAAGACAAUCACUCGGUGCAGCAAGCCCUUGAGCAGGCCGCAGAUGACUACGAAGCGCACCCCACAGCUCUUGGUGAGCAGGACUUGGUCGCGACACAGCAGCCAGCUCUUGUGAGUGGUGGCAAAAUGAGAACAUACCAGCUGGAGGGCCUCGAAUGGCUCAAGACCUUAUGGAUGAAUGGGCUUUGCGGUAUUCUUGCCGAUGAGAUGGGCCUUGGAAAGACUGUUCAAGCUAUCUCCAUGAUUGCUUUCCUGAAAGAAAAGAAUGUCUCGGGCCCGUUCCUAAUUUCAGCACCGCUGAGUACGGUGAGCAAUUGGGUGGAUGAAUUCGCCCGAUGGACACCGGGAAUUAAAACGGUGUUGUAUCACGGGUCAAAAGAUGAGCGAGCUGCCAUGCGAAACAAGUUCAUGAAGAUGAAAAACCAGGGAGACAUGGACUUCCCGGUGGUCUGUACAUCUUACGAGAUUUGCAUGAAUGAUCGAAAGUUCCUGGCUCAGUAUCAAUGGCGUUAUAUUGUUGUUGAUGAGGGCCACCGACUGAAGAACAUGAAUUGCAAACUUAUCAAAGAGCUUUUGACCUACAACUCGGCCAAUCGUCUGUUAAUCACCGGAACACCUCUCCAGAAUAACAUCUCAGAGUUGUGGUCUCUUCUACAUUUCCUGCUUCCUGAAGUUUUCAAUGAUCUCAACUCGUUUGAGGGCUGGUUUGAUUUUUCGUCUGUCCUGGAUAACAAGGGUCAAGCAGAGCUGGUUGAAAAACGAAAACGCAAUUUGGUUACCAGCAUGCACGCGAUCCUCAAGCCCUUCCUUCUUCGACGCCUGAAGACAGAUGUUGAACACACUCUUCCCAAGAAGCGGGAGUAUAUCUUGUACGCCCCUCUGACACCUGAGCAGAAAGAUCUCUACCGAGAGAUCAUCAACGGCACAGGACGCGAAUACCUUGAGGGAAAGGCUCUGGAACGUCUGGAGCGCAAGAGUGGAAGUUCUACGCGCUCCCAAAUUAUGAAGCGCAAACGGAAUGGCGGCGAUGAUACAACGCCGGUCAAGAGUGCCAAAUCUAGUGGGACGUCCACUCCGGCCAGUAAUGGAAAUAACUCCAGUCGCCCUCGCCGACGCAACACGCGUCAAACUUACAAUGAUCAAAGUGAAGGAGAGUUUGAUGAACACCUCCGCAAACUCGAGCUGGGAAUUGAAGAAGAAGAAGAGAAGAUCGAGCCCAGCGAUGCCGAGCGUGAAGAGUUGGAAAGAGCUGAGAAUCUGAAGCUUGCCAAGAAAGAGAUUGGACAAAAGAAGAUGCAAAACCCGGUCCUCCAGGCUCGCCUUGCCUGCAACUCUCCGCACAAUUUCUACUGGCCCUGGAUGGGCGAGUCCGAUUCUGUAGACGAAACCCUCGUUUCUGCCUCUGGAAAGAUGUUGUUGUUGGACCGCUUGGUCUCGUGUUUACUUGAGAGAGGCCAUAAGAUUCUCAUUUUCUCUCAAUUUAAAACUCAACUUGAUAUCAUUCAAGAGUGGGCAACAACACUCCGCUCCUGGGAGUGUUGCCGAAUCGACGGCGCUAUUGCGCAGUCAGAUCGCCAGGCUCAGAUCAAAGAUUUCAAUACUAAGAAGAGCCACAAGAUCUUCCUCCUGAGCACCCGAGCUGGUGGUCAAGGAAUCAAUCUCACCGCUGCCGACACCGUCAUUAUCUUCGACUCAGACUGGAAUCCGCAACAAGAUCUACAGGCCCAGGAUCGAGCUCACCGCAUUGGCCAGACCAGGCCAGUGAUUAUCUACAGAUUGGCGACAAAGGGUACCGUUGAACAGACACUCCUCGAGAAAGCAGAUUCCAAACGCCGUCUUGAACGUCUGGUGAUCCAAAAAGGCAAAUUCCGAUCUUUACUCGACCCCAGUGCGAAUUCCCAAGACAUUGAUGAAUUGCGCAAGGUGCUUGGCGAGAACGAGUUCGAGCGGUUCGAGGUUGGCGUUGACCCUGCGUCGAUCUUAUCCAACGAAGAUCUCGAUAUCUUAACCGAUCGCUCGGAAGAGGCCUAUCUCCGUGCUGAGAAAGGUCUGGAUCAGAAAGGGGCUGCGUUUAUCGCAGUUGAAACGAAGCGCGAUCCUGGUGAGAGUAUUCUCUCUUGA